AUGACCCCACUCGAGAUCAUCGGCCUCGUCAGUGCCAUCAUCACGUUCAUCGACUUCGCGGCCGAGAAUGUUACAGUGGCACGGGAGAUUGAGCGGACCGGGUCCGCGACCUUCAAAGACAAUGCUGAUCUGGAGCGUCGGGUCAAACUCGUCGAGGAACACGUCACAGGUCUCAACACUAGGACGAUUGGUGCACCAAGGAAUACAAAUGAGGCCCAGCUGCUGGAUCUUGUUGAGGAGUACAAGAGCCUCACAGUUCAGCUGAUGACCCUCCUGGCUGGGCUGAAGUCGACCAAAAAGCGCCACAUUCUGUCAAAGAUGGUCAAGGAUUUCCGGAAAAAGGAUGAAAAGGAAACACUCCAGAAAGACUUGGAUGAUUGCAGAUCCAGGAUCCAUUUGCAGCUCACUCAACUAACGAGGUCGGAACUGAGUCGCCGUCUUGAUGAGAUUUCGGCCCAAGGACACAUCAACGCGACUGAUAUGCAGCAUUUGGGCAAAAACAUCAAGGAACUGCAGUUCAAUAUCGAGCUGUGGAAACAUGUUCCGGGUUUGGUGGAAAGUGCCCACGAUAUCCUGUCCCGCUCGAAGGAGGCUGUCGAAAGCACUGCCCAACGCUUGAUUCUGGAGAAGCUCUAUGUCGGCGACAUGACGAGGAGGUUCGAUGAGAUUGAACGCGCCCACGAAAAGACAUUUUCCUGGCUUUUGGGCUCGAGCACACCGCCCACAAGCAAUUUCGAUUCGAACGAUGGGUCCGAUUCCAGCCAUAGCGAUGGCUCAAGCCAUGUGUCUCGAGGAGAGAAUGAGUCGCCGAACGAAGGCGGCCAGAACUCCGAUCAAUUCGAGGUACCGGACUCUGGUCCCACAUCAGACGACUCUUCCUACGAGGAAUCCGAUUAUCAGUCACACAUAUCCUUAGAGAGAACUGCUCGAGAGCUUCAAGCACAACAAGAUCUAAUAGACUGGCUAUCUCAUGGUGGAGGCAUCUUCCAUGUCUCUGGCAAACCUGGUGCAGGAAAAUCGACACUUAUGAAGUACCUCUGCCAAAGCACAGCUACGGAAUCCUAUCUCAAAGACUGGGCUGGAGAAAAGACGCUGAUUUUGGCAAACUUCUUCUUUUGGAAGCUUGGGUCCACAGCUCAAAAGUCAUUAGAUGGGCUGCUUCGGGCGCUUUCAUACUCUAUUCUGGAGCAAGCUCCCGCCCUGCUCGAGACAGUCUUUCCAAAGCAGUGGAGUAAAGCUUCUCAAAGAAGAGCGUUCUCAAUCCAGAGCUCCGAGAUCGAGUCAGCCUUCUCCCAUCUUUUGCGACAAACGACUUUCUUUUCUUCACACAAGAUUGCAAUCUUCAUCGACGGUCUAGACGAGUUUGAUGGAGACCACGACAAGAUGAUCAAGAUGCUUCGCAAUUGGUCUAAGAGUGUCCCAGAGGAUAUAAAACUGUGCGUUUCAAGCCGUGAAUGGGAGGUCUUUCGACAGAGGCUAGUCAACUGCCCUGGAAUCCGCCUGCAAGACAUCACGAGCCGAGACAUCGAAGCGUACAUCAACAGUGAAUUAGCCGACAAUGAAGACUUCAGAUCAUAUUCUUCAGAGGACACAAGAGUUGAACAUCUCAUAUAUAAGAUCAAGGACAAAGCUGAAGGCGUGUUCCUCUGGGUAAAGAUCACCUUGAGAGGCCUUAAAUGGGGUCUUCUUUCUGGGGAACGAGUGGAGAAUCUCGAGGCAAGACUCGAAGCUUUGCCUGCAGGCGUUGAAGAGCUAUUCGCGUCAAUUCUAACCUCCAUAAGAACUGGGAAUCACACCAAUAAACUGGAUAGAAUGAGGGCGACGCGAAUGCUUCUCCUUGCAGCGGAGCAAGCCCAUCCUGGCUACAUUGCUUUACCUUUACUGCUCACAGAACUUGCGUUCUUGGACGACUACGAGAAAGAUCCAAAUUUCGCUUUCGGCUUUCCGAUCGCAAAUGACGCCGAUGGAAGUUGGAUCUCAAGACAAGACAAAGCUAGACGGUCGGUCUACCAAUGUUGCAUGGGCCUUCUUGAGGUAAAACUUUCUGCAGACGAUACUCGACCACGGUUGAUGAGGGGUGUAUGUGGCUGGAAACAUGGCCAGCUCAAAAAGAUCACGUCACAGGAAGAGAGCAAGUACAAUAUAAGCGAAAGUCUCCUUAAUGAAAUCCAGAGCAGCCUGCAGAACGAUACUGCACAAACCCAUCAAGAAGCGAGAUUUGAGAUCAUCGACAAAGGCAGUGACUCAUGGCCGAUCAGCUUGGAUGGUGGAUUCUACCAACUGGGACGUCGAAGCAAGCGGGACUCGUAUCACAACAUGCUUCUGGACUUCUGUCUACAUGAGUUCUCCCACCUUCUUUUCCAACCCACUUUCGACCGGAAGGUGUCUCAAUCAUAUAAGAUAAGGGCUGGCGAGUAUAUUUCCAAAUGUUUCGAAGCAGGAGCAGAUCCUAAUGGGCCAUCUCUGCUCACAACACGAUCGGGAUCAGGUUUAACUUGCUGGCAAACAUGGAUCAUCGCAUCCAUCGACAAUAGAGCGCUUUCCAAUUCAUGGGGGACCUACAUUUGGCUUUUCCUACUUCAUGGUGCGGAUCCCAAUGUUUGGGUCCACUUCGAGGACGAUUCAAUAUUUCUUUGGUGGCAUGGAGCAUCCAAGUGGUACAAAACUGGUGAUAAUGACUUUCUUACGGGCAUUCAUACCUAUUUAUUAGGUGAAACCAACUUGUCUGCGAGUGAAACUGACUUAAUUGGUGACUGGCCAAGCAUCAUGCCCGACAUGAAGCAUGCCAGCACAUAUGCAGAAAGUGGAACAGAAGGUUUUGACAUGUUCCUGGGGGAUUUUCUUCACAUUUGGCUCCAAGAAGAUGACACAGAGCUACAGGAACUUUUCUACCGGAAGCUAGGAUCAAGCCCCAAGUCGCGGCCACCUCCUUUUCAGGUAGAAGAUGUACUCCACUAG